AUGGCGCCUCUCGCUGGCCAAAAGAAAAACAAAGUAGAACUUAGAGGUGUACCCCAAUUUCCUAAUCGUCUACCCUUCUAUCGCUUCCCUAGUUCCCCCAACUCCCCAAGCCCUAACUCAGCUGACAACAAGACUCCGCCUCCGCCCUUGCCGAGUCCCGACCACAAAGCUGCUGUCGACGACACCGGAGGACUCCGCAUCUCCUCUCCGGUCUCCGCCUUCGCCCAAGCUGCGGCCUAUUUGCAAUUGACUAAGGCUUUAAGCAAUGUGUUAUUUUUGCUUAUUCCCUUUAUUGAUAGGACAAUAAAACACAUGCUUUUCAUGAAAAAUGUUACUGAUCAGGCUAAUAAGAUGAGGCAACAGGAGAAGGAGCUAAUUGAGAGGCAUCACACAUGGCUUAAUGACGAGUUAACUACCAAAGUCAAUGAUCUCAUAAACCUUCGUAAAACUCAUUCCAAACUUGAGGCAUACAUGUCUGUUAAACUUUCUGAUGUAGAGAGGAAGUUCAGUGAAAGUUCUAGCUCUUUGACAUGGUACAAGGACAGAGUAAGGGAGCUGGAUUUGAAGAUGGCAUCCUUGGAGCAGGAGCUGUUAUCAUCAAAGGAUGCAGCUUCUAGGACAGAGGAACAAUCAUCUGCUGAGAUUUCUACUUUAAACAAGCUUGUGGAACUAUAUAAAGAGAGCUCGGAGGAGUGGUCUAAAAAGGUAGGUGAACUUGAGAGCGUGAUUAAGGAAUUAGAAGUGAGUUUGCUUUGCAGUUGGUUAUUUAAAUGAAACUCAUAGUAGAAGCAAGAUGAUGGGCUUUGUGAUGCCUUCCUACGGGUCUAAUGAGACCAUUUAACCUUUGUUUGUUUAUUAUAUUAGUGCUAUCCUUUUUAAUAGUGCAAAAAUGUACUCACUUUUUACAUGUAGUUCCAACAAGUUGAUUAUGACAAUAACGGUUAUUGUA